AUGGGGACAUCCACGGCACUGGCGCCGGGCUUAUCACGGAAGCUGAAGAAGGUGUUGGAGACGCGUACGGACAACGCCGAUCUACUCGCCUCCCUCAAUACCCUUUCCAGUUUCUAUACUGACAAUACCCCUCAGUCCCGCCGUAAUCUCCGAUCUACCGUUGAAAAGCGCGCACUGUCUAUCAACGAAGAGUUCCUCCUCGCCUCCGCUACCGCCCAACAGGCCUUGGAUCAGGUUGAGGCUGAGGUUAAUGCGUUGGCUGAGUGUUGCGAUAAAAUUGCAAAGGCUUUGAACAAUUGUAAUGCCACCACCGGUGAUAUUAUCAGUACAACUGAACGACUCAAACAGGAACUUGAAAAUACUACGCAGAGACAAGAGAUUGUAUCAUGCUUUCUUCGAGACUAUCAACUCUCCAACGAUGAGAUAAGUGCCCUAAGGGAGGAAGACCUGAACGAAAAUUUUUUCAAGGCACUUGCUCAUGUUCAGGAAAUCCACGCCAACUGUAAAGUACUGUUGAGGACACAUCACCAGCGUGCUGGUUUGGAGCUUAUGGAUAUGAUGGCUGUUUACCAAGAAGGAGCUUAUGAGCGUCUAUGCAGAUGGGUUCAAAUAGAGUGUAGAAGACUUGGGGAUGUUGAUAAUCCUGAAGUUGGUGAGCUCCUCAAAACAGCUGUCCGAUGCCUCAAAGAAAGACCUGUACUUUUCAAGUAUAGUGCUGAAGAGGUAGCCAAUAUGAGGCACAAUGCGUUGUUCAGAAGAUUUAUUAGUGCCCUCACACGUGGAGGACCAGGUGGACUACCCAGGCCGAUUGAAGUUCAUGCUCAUGAUCCUUUAAGAUAUGUUGGUGACAUGCUGGGAUGGCUGCAUCAGGCUUUGGCAUCUGAAAAGGAAUUUGUUGUUGCACUGCUAAAUCCUGAUGCAGUGGCAGAUACUGGAAGAAAUGCUGACCAAUCAUCUAAAAUCGGGGAGAGUGAUGUAGCAAAGACAGAAUCAGAUUUGACGUUCGUUCUAGACAGGAUCUUUGAAGGAGUUUGUCGGCCAUUUAAAGUGAGAGUGGAGCAAGUUUUGCAGUCUCAGCCUAAUCUUAUUAUUUCUUACAAACUUAGUAAUACGCUGGAAUUUUACUGCUACACUGUGUCAGAUUUGCUAGGAAGAGAAACAGCUCUCUGUAACACAAUUUGGGCCCUCAAGGAUGCUACUCAGAAAACCUUUUUUGACAUGCUGAAAACCCGAGGAGAGAAGCUUUUACGAUAUCCUCCCCUUGUUGCCAUUGAUCUUUCUCCUCCACCAGCAGUAAGAGAAGGGGUCUCAUUGCUGCUUGAAAUAAUUGAAACAUACGACAGAAUGAUGGUUCCUGCAUCAGGCAAGAAACCUGCCUUUGAGCUAGUCAUAUCUGCUUUGCUAGAUCCUAUUAUUCAGAUAUGCGAGCAAGCAGCAGAGACAUACAGGUCCAAGGGAGUUAUACAGUCGUCAAGAAGAAGUAGAUUAAGUUCUGACACAAGUCAAGUCCGUAAAUCAUCUGUAGAUGCUAUUUUAGAAAAUAGCACUUCUGCUCCUUCAUCUCAGACCACUGAAACCCCUUCUAAGAUUUUUCUCAUCAACUGCUUAUGUGCCAUCCGACAACCAUUGUUGGGACUUGAGGUUGCAUCUGAAUAUGUGAAAAAGCUAGGAGUAAUGAUAGACAGUCACAUGCAUGGUCUUGUCGAAAAAGAAGUCGAUGCCAUUUUGCGAAGGUGUGGCUUGUCAAGCAAGAUGCCCCACUUCCGUAAUUCACCAGACAAUGAUGUAUCAGGCAAAGAUGUUGCUGGGCCCGCAUUGGCAGACACAGAAGAUAUGUCUCCUGCUGCUCUUUCAGAAUGUUUAAAGGCCUUUUUUGGGCUCAUUUUGGGAAGUGAAAGUACCCUGCCCGAGUUUGAGCAAAUGCAGGUCCCUAGUCUUCGGUCAGAAGCUUGUGUUCAGGUUGCUAGAUCACUGGCUGAUGCAUAUGAGCUUAUUUACAAGGCAAUCAUGGAUCCCAGGAAUUGCUAUCCCGAUCCCAAGUCACUGGCAAGACAUCCUCCUGAUCAGAUAAGAACCAUUUUGGGAAUUUGA